CUUCCUGCUGGAGUUUGGAGCUGCAUGGCGGCGGACACAAAGAGCUCCGACACACACACACACUCUCACACACACUCAGCAGCAGCAGCAGCAGCAGCAGCCGGGAUUGAGGCUCUGUUCGCGGCCUGGAGAGGAGAGACGACCCUCUGGAGAGACACAGAAAUCAGUUCGGACCACUUGUUGUUCUUCUUGGACAACUUGUUGUAACUUUUUAGGACACUUGUUUUUUUUUUUAGUUUGUCCUCCCCCUGAGUCUGUAGAGCAGAAUGCGGGUUUUGAUCCGGGCUCUGGUGGCCGCGAGCUGGGUGUUCCUGUGCGCUCGCGCCGCGAUGGAUGAGUGUUCGGACGAUGAGCUCCGCGCGCAACGAUGCAUGCCCGAGUUCGUGAACGCAGCCUUUAACGUGACGGUGGUGUCGACCAACACCUGCGGAUCUCCACCGGAGGAGUACUGCGUGCAGACCGGAGCCACCGGGGUCACCAAGUCCUGCCACAUCUGCGCCUCCGGAGACCCGUCGAACCACCACAGCGCCGGGUACCUGACCGACUACAACAACCAGCAGGACACCACCUGGUGGCAGAGCCAGACCAUGCUGGCGGGGAUCCAGUACCCCAACUCCAUCAACCUCACGCUGCACCUCGGUAAGGCCUUCGACAUCACCUACGUCCGGCUGAAGUUCCACACCAGCCGCCCCGAGAGCUUCGCCAUCUACAAGCGGACUCGUGAAGGCGGGCCCUGGGUGCCCUAUCAGUACUACAGCGGCUCCUGUGAGAAGACCUACCAGAAGGCGGGGCGGGGCUUCAUCCGCACCGGAGAGGACGAGCAGCAGGCGCUCUGCACCGACGACUUCAGCGACAUCUCGCCGCUCACCGGGGGCAACGUGGCCUUCUCCACGCUGGAGGGCCGGCCCAGCGCCUACAACUUCGACAACAGCCCCGUGCUCCAG